AUGUCACACCUCUUACUAUUCACAUUUCGCAAACUCCUCAACACCUUCAUCUAUACCGCAAGAAACGAUCCACUACUCGCCAACGCCCAUGGACUCUUCCAAGAGAGUCCUACCGAACCACCCCAAAAUGCUCUAGAAUUGACCUUGACCAUUCUAGGAAUGUCCCUCGACUUCAUAAUCCGCUACAUCAUCGGCAACCUCGUAAUGUCCCUCCUCAUCCUCGAGACCAUCGACAGCAACCCUCCCAAUCCCCACAAGGACAAAGACAAGGACGACAACAAGAAAUCACAACCAAAGCCUACCACCCGCAACCUGCGCCAAACCCUCACCACCUUCCACCGCGAAAAGGGACUUAUAUCCCUCAUCAACGGCUUCCAUUACACCAUCUACUACCAUCUAAGAUACUUCAUAGUAACAGGCAUGCUCACAUCGCCUAUCGCACGCUUCCCUGAACCUCUCGCACACAUCAUCGCUUCUGUCGCUCUCGCCGAAUUCCAUUUCUUCCGGACAGCAGGAGCUAUCCUCCCUCCCGCUGAGCAGAUGCGCUACGUGCCUCUUGGUCUUGAUUAUUAUCGGUGGAAUGCUCUUCUAUUGCCGACGCUGCUUUAUGCCUUAGCUGAGUCGAUCAUGAUGUAUGUGCCGGGACUACUUCUUGCUCCUGUUCGAUUCGAUGGGGUACUGCUGCUGCAGCCGGAGGACUUGACGGAUGUUACAUCCCUCGUGAGAUCUGAUAUUCUUGUCGCGGGACUUAUGCUCGUUGCUCAGGUUGUGGUUUUGUUCCCGGCGUAUAUUGUGCUUGUUGUGGUGGAGGGGAGCUUGGUGCCGGGGGAUUGUGAGACGUUGAUACCUUUGCCGGAGGAGGAGGGUGCGCGGGAUAAGAAGAUGGGGGAUGGUGAUGAUCAGAUUGUUUUGUGGAAGGAGAAUGAGGAUGAGGAUGAGGAUGAGGAGUACCCAAAGCAGCAAGGCAGGCUCGUCAAAGACCUCUUCAGGUUACCGGGACCGUUGCAUGUGCUUGAUGUGGUGGAGAUGAUUAGUGUGAGACAGUUGCUGUAUUGUUUGGAGUUGCAUGGGAAGAUGUGUUUGUGUGUGGUGGGGGUUGCUACGGUGGUGCAGUCGGUGGUGUAUUUGGUGUCGUAG